UUGCUAAUGGCUGUUUCCACCACAAAAUGACUAUAUCUGCAUUCAUCAAGUGGGGGAGUUGCAGUGUACUUAUUUCAUUUCGUUGAUCAUGGGUUCAAGGGAUGUUACAGAAAUCAACAGCUUAAAAGUAGUUGUGCCAAGAUGCAUAGUGCUUGCUGACUUGCUGUUGAUUUUGUGUUACUUCACAGUUAAUUACUUCAGUCUGCAUCAUGCAGCACAGUGAUAUUGGGUGCUUUGCGUAAAAAAGGGCCGAUUGCUUAUACCCAGUACGGCCUCUAUAGUCUAUCCCAUUUUUUUGGAGAAAACACAACAGAAUCCCCCUCGCCACAGUUACAUGUUUUGCAUUCGGGCCAAACAAAUAGAAUUACCAAUCUGAAAUAUCUACAGAAGUGCAGAGCCUAUUGUGAGCUCUUAUUAUACCUUCCUCCCGACAAGUUUACCAAUUACCAUGUAAACAAUAUCAGCUCUAAUUGUGAAAUCACCCCUCUUAAACUUCCUUGUUUGGCAUGUUUGACUUCCGAGCAACAACAAAUGCACUUUUUCCUAAAUUAUUGAUCUAAUUGUCCAUGAUACCAUGAAAAUAUUUUAUACUGUCGUGCAUACCAUCUUACAUGAGUUACUAACUUGUAUAAUCUAUAUUAAGUUCUGCUUCUAUUCGUGUUGCUACAUUCUCUGCAUGAACGUAAUACUGGUUGCAGGUCAUGUAAAGAGUUGGGUUGCACCAUUUGCAAUUGAUCUUGUGAUAUUAGGACGUUUGCAGUACCUUGUUUCAUCAGGUCCAAAAGCAGGUGGAUGAGCAUCCUCAGCAGCUGGAACAUUAACUGCAGGGUUGGAAUAUGCUGAGGAACCUCCUGUGGGCUACUUCGAAGCACGACGUGUACCUGGUGCAGAACUACUCGGUGAUGCACUGGUCUCCUCUGCACCAGAGAGGGAGAGAAGUGCUCAAUGUGGCCGGACAAUUGACUCCAACAGAGAAUGUCAAAGGGGCUAGGCCACUGUCGAGGGUUCAGAUCAGCACCAUGGCACUGAAGGACAACCUCAUGGUGGCCGGUGGCUUCCAGGGAGAACUCAUAUGUAAGUUUGUUGAUAAACCUGGAGUGGCGUUCUGCACGAACCUGACCGGCAACAACAACUCCAUCACGAACGCCGUGGACAUUUACCAGGCGCCCAACGGCGCCACCCGAGUGACGGCCGCGAACAACGACUGCGUCGUCAGGACGUUCGACGCCGAGAGAUACAGCCUCCUCACCCAGUUCACCUUCCCGUGGUCCGUCAAUAACACGUCGGUGAGCCCGGACGGCAAGCUGAUGGCGGUCCUGGGCGACAGCUCCGACUGCCUGCUCGCCGACUCGCAGUCCGGGAGGGAGAUCGCGGCCCUGCGCGGGCACCUGGACUACUCGUUCGCGUCGGCGUGGCACCCCGGCGGGCACGUCGUGGCGACGGGGAACCAGGACGCGACGUGCCGUCUCUGGGACGUCCGCAACCCGUCCGCGUCGCUCGCCGUGCUCCCGGGCCGGAUCGGCGCCGUCCGGGGGCUCCGGUUCUCCCCCGACGGGCGGUUCCUGGCCGCGGCCGAGGCGGCCGACUUCGUGCACGUGUACGACGCCGCGGCCGGGUACGCCGGCGCCGAGCAGGAGGUGGACCUGUUCGGGGAGGUGGCCGGCGCCGCGUUCAGCCCCGACGGGGAGGGCCUGUUCGUGAGCGUCGCCGACCGGACCUACGGCGGCGUGCUCGAGUUCCGGCGGCGGCGGUCGUACGGGUGCCUCGACUCGUGCUUCUUCUGAGGUGCCCGGUCCGUGUGGCGUGCCCGGACUAUAUAGAGCGUGUACUGUGUACUGUUGGUAUUUUCUGUAGUGUAUGGGAAAGCGCAGUGUUUUUGGCGUGCGCGGGUCCUGAGAUGACUGGUGCUGCCUGCAUUUCGCUCUUUUAGAACUGCGGAGUGACAGGUGCUAUCAGGAGGUUUGUUUGGGUAUAUAGACAAGACACCUUAAACGUGCUGUUUUAGGCACUGUAGCGUCAAGAAUUGUAAAUCUGUGAAUCUGUGGGGUUUGCUAAUGUAAGAAGAGAGCUUGUUCGAGUCAUUAAUAUCUAAAAACUGGGCACCGAAGCCCAAAAGUGUCA